UCAGGUAGCAUGUCUGGACGUGGUAAAGGCGGCAAGGGCCUUGGGAAAGGAGGCGCUAAGCGCCACCGCAAGGUUUUGCGCGACAAUAUCCAGGGUAUCACCAAGCCCGCCAUCCGUCGCCUGGCUCGUCGUGGUGGUGUGAAGCGCAUCUCCGGGCUCAUCUACGAGGAGACCCGUGGGGUGCUGAAGGUAUUUCUGGAAAAUGUAAUCCGGGACGCGGUCACCUACACCGAGCACGCCAAACGCAAGACUGUCACCGCCAUGGACGUGGUCUACGCGCUCAAACGCCAGGGCCGCACCCUCUAUGGUUUCGGCGGCUAAAGCUUCAUCCAGUACUUUUAUUUUAAAGGCCCUUUUCAGGGCCGCCCACUCCCUCUCGGAAAGGGCUGUGCUCAGUGUCUAUUUGGAUUAGAAAUGUAUUCUCCAAUGCUAAAGUAGUUUUUCUGUGCGGUUCUCUACCAUAACACUUAAGUUCAUCCAAUCCUUGUUCAUAUGCGAAGAGUAGCGGUGCCUUAGGUCAAGAGGGCAGUAAAAUUGUUUGGCUUAGUAUGCGGCGGAAGUCCCGGUGCCCUGUUUGAGAACUUCAAGGCCCAGCGUCACCCGCUCUCGUGGGAGGGAUCCUGUCUACCCCCAAAUCGUCUGUAAAAGGACUAUCAACUACAGGCCAAAAUUUUCGUCGAAGAGGCAAAACUGGGUGUACGUGUGUGUGUUAAGUCGCGGCCGACUCAGAGCUCGCCAGGCUCCUCUGUCUUUGAAUUUUCCAGGCAAGAAAACUGGAGUGGGUUGCCAUUUCCUACUCCAGGGGAUCUUCUCGACUCAGGGAUCGAACCCGCGUCUUUUGCGUCUCCGGCAUUGGCAGGCGGCUUCUUUCCCACUGCGCCACCUGGGAAGCCCAAAGUAUUUAAUAAAUGUUUGUGCAAAUUGCCGGAAACUGCCGGGGUGCUGCUGGUAGCUGACAAGCCAGAUGAAUUAAAUACAUUGCCGGAAAGAGCCUGGGUGUUACUUCUUAGUGUUUGCAGUGAGCGACGCCAGGAUCUGCGCUCUGAUCUCUGCAGCCCCACCACCUCCUUGUCCUCCGGGUCGCGCCCCAAACCUCCGCCUCCGGUACUUCUAGAGCCAUCCAUCAAGCUGAGUGCCGUGACCCCUCGUAAACCCAGUGGUCUUCGUUUUUGAAGUGCCUUGGCAUUGCUGAUUUUCAUCGUCAGGCUGGAGGCGUCUGGCUAAGCAGUUUGUAAAUUUCCAUUUACUAUAUUAAGCGAUUCUGUUCUGAACCCUUAGGCCUCUAGCAGGGCCUUUGAGAUUGUAGGCAGACCCUCCCUCCUUUGUGGUAAAGUAACUCUUAAGUG